GAGGAAACACGAGUGGAGCACAUUCAAAGCAGAAAAGACUCUCCUACACACGAGUGGAAUCAAAACAUCUGAAUUAGUCACUGGACUCCGCUUUGAAUUCAACCAAAAGGUACAAAUCGACGACUUGGUACAGUACAGUUCCACUAUUUUGGAAGUUUUGCUCUGUUUUUUUGAUAGCUUUGGUCUUCAGUAUAAUAAUACAGCGGGACUUUGUGCUGGAGAUUGAAUCAGUUGGGACACUAAAGCUUCGGUGUCCAAGCAGCAUCUUUGCAGCGCACUCUUGUAUUUUGACUGUCUGAUUUGAAAUAUGUCCACAAUAAUGGAACAGCCUUUUUAUGACGACUCGUUUCUCUCUGCUUAUGGCCAUUCAGGCGCAGCCCUGCCAGACUACAAGCUCCUAAAGCAGAAUAUGAACUUGAACUUCUCCGAUUCAUAUCGGAACUCAAACUUCAAGUCACAGCACCUGCGCGCCGACAGUGAUUUCUUUUCGGCCGGCACGGCGGACGUGGGCUCACUGAAGCUCGCCUCUCCUGAACUGGAGCGACUGAUCAUCCAGAACAGCAACGGGGUCAUCACAACCACACCGACACCUGCCCAGUACCUGUACAACCGCGGGAUCACGGAGGAGCAGGAAGGCUUUGCUGACGGUUUCGUGAAAGCUCUGGACGACCUGCACAGGAUGAACCAGAUGGCUCCUCCAAACGUGUCCAUCGGUGGAGUUGCUUGUGGCGUCCCCGGUGGAGUUGUCUGCUCGGCUCCAGCCACGGUGUUCGGCUCAUCCAUGCAGCCAGAGGCGCUCGAGUACACCACCCUGGGCAGCUGUACCACCAACCCCAGCCUGUCCUCAGCCUCCAGCUAUCCCUCCACCACCAUCAGCUACCUGCCGCAUCACCAGUACCACCAGCAUCCCCAGGCUGUUGCGCACGGAUCUCACCAUUUCCAGCACUCCCUGGCUGGUGCUGGCAUCCACUCGCAGCGGUACGGCGGGUUGAAAGAGGAGCCUCAAACGGUCCCUGACAUGCAGAGCAGCGACGGGUCUCCUCCGAUGUCCCCCAUCGAUUUGGAGAAUCAGGACCGGAUGAAAGCGGAGCGCAAGCGGCUGAGGAACCGGCUCGCAGCCUCCAAGUGUCGGAGGCGCAAGCUGGAGCGCAUCUCUCGUCUGGAGGACAAGGUGAAAGUGCUGAAAACAGACAACGCCGGACUGUCAAACACGGCUUCUGUACUGAGGGAGCAGGUGGCCCAACUCAAACAGAAAGUCAUGACACAUGUGAGCAGUGGCUGCCAGCUCAUGUUGGCGCCCAAAGUGAAGUCUUACUGAAGAAACAAAGCACUUUUAAAAACACUGGACAUGAACUGCACUGAUACACAAUGAACAAUGUCUGAUACAUAUGAGAGAACUGGACUCUGAUGGUUUCUGUCUGAAAGACAAGCAGCAGAAAUCACACAAGACUAAAACACUUGGGCAUUUUUUAAAAGUUUUUAAAAGUGUCGUCUUGGCUUUGCCUGUUUACAUUUUACUUUAAUUGCAAUCUGUGAUACAUUCUCAUGUAAGUUAUUUGUGUUUGUCAGGUUGAGCCUGAUGAGCAUGCGCUUUUUUUUACUUGUACAGUAUAUAUUUAAGUAAAUGAAAUUAUGAAACUAAGAAA